AUGCACCUGCCCGGUAUAUCAUACACGUCUCUGCGUAACGAAGGCGAGGGCAGCACGUCGCGGCGCCCGAUGGGUGGCGGCAUCAUCCAGGACGGUGUCUUUUCCAACAUGAACGCAAAGCCGGAAGGCCGCCGGACGCGGCGCACCGACGAUCCGAACGAUCGCGGUGAUGACGACGACCUGGCCGAUGAUACCCUGCCUCCGACGUACGAAGCCGCUGCGGCAGAUAUCGCACCUACCUACUGGGAAAGUACUGUGUUUGGCGGGAAUGCGCUUGCCGAAUCGGAGGGCGGAUGGACUCCGGACGGGGCCAACAUCGGCGAGGUUUCCGACAUGAUUGUGGACGGGAUGCUGCUCGGCACGCUCUUUGGCUUUUUCUGGAACUUUUUCAUCAGUGCAUCGUUCCAGUUUGUGGGCUUUGUGAUCACCUUCCUUUUACACUCGACCAACGCGGCCAAGUAUGGCGGCCGCGCGGGUUUGGGCGUGACCUUACUCCAGUUUGCUGCAUCGCUCCUGUGGCGCAUUGCAGACGCAGAAAAGGAGCUGGCGCACGACACACCCGACGCACAAAAAGACGAGCACAAAGGCCGCAAGCACCUGCCGACGCACGAAGAGAUUGAGCACUCGCGCUUCACCUGCCGCCUAUUGCUCAUUUUCGGCAUUAUUUUGACCGUGUUUAGUGUGGGGCGCUUCAUCCAGCUCUACCGCAGGUCGAGCAAGAUUGUUGCCGAGGCACGUCGCAGCAACCCAACUCGUGCUGCAGUGGCGGAGAACGCGGAGGCGGACGUGGCUCAGGAACAGCCGGUUGGCUUUUUCCAUGCGUUUGCAGGGCCGGACCCUGUCACUUCGAUGAACCAGGCGUUUGGACGCUGGCGCGACUCGUUCCUGGUCGACAUUGGCCUUAUGCAUCCCGUCGGCAUGCACAGUGCCGAAGACUACAUUAUCCGCCCCGGUCGCGGCGUUGAGCCCGAGGUACUCUUUGCUGCCGAUGCAAGCAUGACAAGCCAUGCAGCGCGCUUCGCUCCGGCUGCGCUGCCCCGCACGAGCAAUGCGCUCGACCCCUUCUCGGCCUACAUGUUCCCUACGGCUGUGGAUGACCUCGAGUCUGGGCGCAGACCGUAA